CCUUCAUCUCGGCAGCAGGGAUCUGGAGGUCUACGAUAGAUAUUGGUCGCAUAUCAACCGAAAGAGACAGGUGCCAACUUGUGAAAGGAUCGGCAAUAGCGCAGUGACUCCGACGUUGGGGCAAGCGCAACCUCAUACUCGCUAUCGCUACUUCUUCGGCCUUGCUAUCAUGCCAUGGCAAUAGGUCUGCAAGGUUCCUGAUAUCUGCUUGAUGUGUCCGCUGCCGCCCGUAAUUGCACCUAUCGCCUCGCUGGCGAGCGCAUACCAUUCGUGUCCGGGUGAAUACAGAGGCAUGAAAGCAGAGAUGCAGUUGCUUGCAUCAGGCAUUCUCCUGCAACGCCCCGAUCGGGCAGACAGAGCCAGCGCAGCCUGCACUAUCGACCAACAGCAGUAUGCCCCGAUCCUUGCGACGCCAACACUGUAGUAUUGUGGCCUGACUUGACCUCUCCAGUUUCGAUCGUUUGCACGCAUGCAUGGGAGCUGUUCCCAUUGGCUUCGCUUGCCGACUCUCACAACACCCCUGUCGAUCGAGAUGUGGCAACUUUGCUCAUACAGUUGAUACGCUGUCUACUUCUUUCCUCCGCGUCAUGCUCCCACAACCCACAACU